GCCAAGCGCGGCGCUCGUUCAGGCUGCCCCUCGCGCGCCUUACGCCGCCCUCGCCCGCUUGCUGCCCCUGCUAUGGCCGCAGGGGCUCCCUCGGCUUCUCCUGCCCGCAGCCCCCCUCGGUGGCUUGGAGGCCCUGCUGACGGCUCCGUGUACCUCCUCCUGCCCGUCCCUGCUGGAAGUGCCCUGGUGCUAACACCAGCAGAUGGAGCAAAUUCUGCCUGGAUUCUGUCUCUCCCUGCAGAGAGCAAGAACAAAGUGGAAAACCCACAGGAAGAUGGUGCACAGCCACAUCCCAUUUCCUCAAGCAGCUCCAGCGGAAGUGGAAAUAAGGUGCUACAGAAAGGAGGCUCUGCGAAAGACCAGUCGACCUCUUGUAAAGGGGACUUGAAGAACCCUACGCAGGCCUUGUGUGGCAAAACAAAAUCCUACAAAUGCCCCGACUGCGGGAAAAAUUACCGCAGGAGCACAGACCUCUUGAGGCACCAGAGGACCCACACGGGAGAAAGGCCUUAUCUGUGCCUGGACUGUGGGAAGAGCUUCAGUCGGAGUUCAAUCCUCCUGGAGCACCAGAGAAUUCAUACGGGUGAGAAGCCAUACAAGUGCAGCCACUGUGGGCAAGGAUUUAGCCAGAGCUCCAACUGUAAGCAGCAUGAGAGGACUCAUGGGAAGGAGAAAAGGAGCAACCCAAUACACUGGGGAUCAACUUGGCAAAGGACAGAGGUUCAGAGGUGUGGGCCUAAAAGCCUGAAAAUAAUUGAUGAAGGUGCAAGAGCUGAGCUCGGACUCGGAUCUCAGUCUCCAGGGGGAAGUUCCUCAUGGAGCUCAAAGAUGGUGAUGAAGUAUCAGAAAAGCCAUAGCAUGGAGAAGCCCUACAGGUGCCCCGAGUGCGGGAAAUGCUUUGCACGCAGCACAGAUUUCAUCCGGCACCACAUUACCCACACAGGAGAAAAGCCCUACACCUGUGUGAAAUGUGGCAAGAGUUUUACGCGCAGCUCGGUCCUCAUUGAGCACCAGCGAAUACACACAGGAGAGAGACCCUACAAGUGUCGGCUGUGCGGAAAGGGCUUCAGUCAGAAUUCCAACCGUAACCAACACGAGACAAUCCACCAGGCUAAGAAAUCUCCUGACACUUCCUGAGUGGCAGUGGAACUUAGUACCGGGGUGUGGGACUCACUAGAGCAGGCAUCCCCAAACUGCGGCCCUCCAGAUGUUUUGGCCUACAACUCCCAUGAUCCCUAGCUAACAGGACCAGUGGUCAGGGAUGAUGGGAAUUGUAGUCCAAAACAUCUGGAGGGCCGAAGUUCGGGGAUGCCUGCACUAGACCAUAAAGAAUCCACUUGGGGAGAAGGCCUGAAGCGUGAGUCCAGGGGGGUACAGAUGUCACAAGGCAAAUUUGAAGCUACUGUGUGUUAGAAUCCAAAAUGGAGAGGGAAAGUCCAAGGCUGCAAGUUUAUGCCCACUUACUUGGGGGUAAGCCCCACUGAAUUAAAUGGGACUUACUUCUGAGUAGACAUGGGUAUGAUUGCAGCACUCAAGUGGUACAGGGGCUUAUUUUUAUAUGAGGUGAUUUGACAACAAAAGGUUCUUGCUGCAGAAAUCAUGAGGAAAACACAUGUAUCUAUGAAAAACCUUAUUAUUGACACUGAAAGGAAAUAAAUUAAUUUUAUUUGUUACAAAUUAUAAUAUUCUUGUUAAUUGUUCUGUGCAUCCCAAAUGUAAAUUCCACUAUGUUCAGUGGAAUGAGUGCCAGAUUUAGGAUGGUGCAGACGGUUCCCACACAGGGUGCCAAGCCAAGGGGGAGAAAAAUUGAGAAUAUUCAUAAAUGAGAAGAAUCAUUUGGGGGUACCAAAUUUUGGCCUCACACAGGUGGCCAUAUUACAAAGAUUACCAAAAUCCACCCCGGUGGAACUUACAGUACUUCUUCCAUUCAGAAGUAAGUUCCACCAGGUAAAUGGGCACAAGAGAGCUGCUUGUUAGAAAACCAUUAUAAUUUAAAUAAAAGAAAGAAUAAAGGAAAAGAAAAUAGUACCAGCAGGUGAUCUUUUUCUUUCCCAUAUAGUGAUAAGUACUAAUAACUGUGCUGGUACUUACCGUAACUAUAUUCCAAAAUAUACUGAGAGUGUACAGCCUGGUCAUAUUUCAUACAAUCUACAGAAAACUGCAAGAAAGUAGCUUUGGUUUCAUCACAUGGUUGUUGUUUUUAGAGUAGUGUAGUAGAAGCAUUUGCUUGAUUAGUUUGGACAAAACUUGUCUUGCAUUUCCUGGCCAGACACACAAUCACUGCAGCAUUUUUUCCCCUUUUCACACCAGUGAAUUUGUUCUGUUAUACAGUAUUUGUACCCUCUUUCACUAUACAUGUCUUGCUAAUUUUUGUUCUCUAAUUUAUUUUAAUGAAAGCUAAAUUUGCUUAUUCCAUGGUCCUGGAAAUAAAAGUGCCUUUGAGCAAAUGCACACCACCCCAAUCUCUGGGCGGUGUGAAAUUCCAGGGGUUCCAGGUGCUUAGCAAGGGUUUGUGUUUCCUUAGGGAAUAAGGCACAGCAGAGACUGUGGUGUCUUUAUGACAUAUGGUUUAUUUACGCAUAUAUACAACCUGAGCCUAUAAUGGAGAGGUGCACAGCAUUAAAGCCCCAAGAAGGUUCUGCUUCUCCCAUAGCCCACAGCCUUUGAUUCCAGCAUAAAUCAGGCCUGGCGCUCUCUCUCUGCCCUUGCAGCCUGCAGUUUUUGCCUGCAACUUCUAGCUCAUAUCGUUCAACUCUCAACUCUGGCCUUUUGUAUUUCUAAGGAACAGACAGUUGAGGGAGGGGCCCCACAAUCUUUAGCGUGCCAUCACCAGGCUGGCCCCAGCAUUCAGACCACCCCCUCCCACCAAACUCCUAACACGACAAAUAUUAGUCACAUCUGUUGCUCUCCACACUUUUACCUCUGGCCUUGCCUUGCCUACUUUUUGCCUCUGGCCUUGCCCAUCAUUGAUAUGUCGCCCCUACAAGGUUGCCCAUGAAGUAAUGCCAUCAGUCCUCAGACUCAUGGAAGUUCCCCACCCUGGUCGAGUGUGUCAGACUACAGCUGGAUAGGUUCAGAUCCCCACCCGCGUAUGAAGCUGUUUGGGUUACCCUGAGUCAGUCACUCAGUCUUUUCCAACAACUCAUAGGACUGGUGAAGGAUGAAAUGGGCAGGGUGGUGGGGAGAAUCUUCUAUGUCACUUUGAACUCCCUGGAGAAAAAGCAGAAUAAAAAUGUAGAGAAUAACAAAAUAUGUUGUUUUUUUGGGUGGAUGGUCCAGCCAUUCCCGCAUCCUUUCCUGUUAAGAGUUCCAGCUUCUCUAUCACACAGGGUAGUUGCCAACCCCUUUUCUAACAAAGGUUUUUGUGCCAUUUUAAAAGCAGCACAACAGGAAGAAAUCCAGCAGGUGCUAUUUUACCUCUUCAGCCUAUUAUUAUUA